AUGUGUUUACAUUAUGACCAUGAGUUCCUCACCGAAGCUGGCCCUAUGUUACAACAACUGGCUCAGUUCCAGAAGCCCGCCCUUCAUGAUGUUACUACAAGACGCGCCAUGACCGCAUCCAUGAUUCAACCGCCACCACCGAUUUCAGACAAAAUGGAAAGACUUCUUUACCACAUUGGCUCAGAAGAUGGGUACCAGGUAGCUGUUCAUCACUUCCGCCAACGACGUGAGGCCCAACCAGGCGGCGAGCCCGCUAUUCUUCACAUUCAUGGUGGCGGUUAUAUCUCUCUGAGCGCAGAGCAGUGUUCCGUACCACAUAUCAAGUCUGUGUCGAGUACUGGAGUACAGAUCUUGACAGUCGACUAUCGUCUGGCCCCCGAACAUCCAUACCCGACACCCCUGAAUGAUUGCUGGGCGGUACUCAAGUGGCUGCAUGUGAACGCAAGUCGAUUAUCAAUUGAUCCUGCCCGCAUCGCUGUCAUGGGAGAGAGUGCUGGUGGGGGAUUAGCCGCUGCAUUGACCUUGAUGGCUCGAGACAAAGCCUUGUCACCAACCAUUGCAAAACAAAUCCUCAUCUAUCCCAUGAUCGACGAUCGGACCAAGACCAACCAUGCCGGUCAGUUGGCAUUUUGGGACGAGGCAGAUAAUGAGACUGGGUGGACUGCAUAUAUCGGGCCUGACGCAGGAACCGAGAAAAUUGAUUCUUAUGCUGCACCCGCUCGUGUGCAAAGCGUGGAGGGCCUUCCCUCACUGUAUCUGGACUGCGGUCAAUUGGACAUGUUUGUGCACGAAGGACUAGAUUAUGCACGCCGAUUUGUAGCCGCCAAUAUUCCCACGGAAUGCCAUCUUUAUCCUGGUCUUCCACAUGGGUUUGAGGCGAUGGCUCCCUCUAUUAGUCUCACGAAGCAGGCUAUCUCUAACCGCGAAAUGGCUAUGAGGAAUUUUUGA